GUUCAUAUUUUCAUAGAUGAAUCAAAUUUCAAACACAGAAUUUCCGCUAAUCAUCGGCCAAAUACCAAAUUAUAUGUUUUGUUCGUGACAAUGGCUAAUUUAAUGAAAAAGAAAUCCAAAAAUGGUGAUGAUAAUGAAAGAAAUGAGGUUGAUCUCGAUUUAGAUGAUGAUGAUGAUGAUUAUGGUUUAUUUGAAGAUAAUCUAUGCUGUCGAAUCAAAAGAAGAAAAAAUCAAUAUUGUCAUUUAAGACAAAUUGAAAAUGAUGAUGAAGAUGAUGAUUGUAAUCUAAUUGCAAAGAAAUUAUUCGUCAUUGAUGAUAUUGAUAAUUUCAAUGCCGAACUACAAAUUUCAAAUCAAAACAUUCAUAAUCUUGUCGAUGAUCGAUUCGAUAGGAUUGAUUCAGAAACGGACGAAGAUUCUAAUGAUGAUAUUGAAGAUGAAAGUGAUAAACAUGAUAGAAAUCAAUUGUCCACGAAAAGUUUAUACGAAAUUUAUGAACCAAUAGAAAUAGAACAUAAUUAUCUGGCCAAAUCGGAUAACAAGAUUCGUACGACAAAUAUUCCCGAACGUUUCCAAACACGAUCAAUUCCGGUUACUAAAGCCAAAGCGAAUGAAAUUCGUAAAGAAUCUCAAUGGAUUUAUCGUAAUCUUUAUGAAAUACCAACGAUAACAAAACAGGAUAAAAGUGUUGAAGUUCCACAACCGUUAGCCGGCACUACUAAACCACGAUCAGCUAUGAAUGCUAUAUAUCGAAUAUUAAAUUGUAUUCGAAAUGAAAAACUUAGCAUACCAUUUUUAGCCUAUUAUCGUAAAGAAGAAUAUUCACCUGAUCUAUCUAUCAAUGAUUUAUGGUUAAUAUUUAAUUGGGAUGAAAAAUGGUGUAAAUUGAAUCAAAGAAAACAGAAUCUUAUUGAACUAUUGAAUAAUAUGCAAGAAUAUCAAUUAUAUGAAAUGAUGAACAAACCGAAUGAAUCAUUACCGGAUGAUUUUCGUUGUAUAACCCAUAUGGACAUACAAAAUGUACAACAUUCCAUUCAAUCGUUUGAAGAAUUUAAUGAUUAUUAUAUUCAUUUUCAAUUGUAUUAUGGUGAUGAAUUAACAAAAAUGAAUCAAUUUCUAGUUGAACAAGAACGAAAUACCAUCGAAUGUGGUGAUCAAAAUCAAAAUCAGGAAUUGGGUGCAAAUCAAACCAAUAAUGUUAAUGAAGAAUUUGAAAAAAAUGUAACCAUCAGAUUUAGAAGAUUUAAAUCAACAAAAAAAGAUACGUAUCCAUUUUGUCGAAGAUCUGGUAUUGGAAAAAUGGCAACAAAAUUUGGUUUAAAACCAGAACAAUUUGGUGAAAAUAUAUCCUGUAAUUAUCGUAAACAUAAAAUCGAACAAUAUGAAAAUUAUCCGUUAGAGAUGGCACAGAAAUAUGUGUCAAAAUGUUUCAAUACAGCUGAAAAUGUUUUACAUGCAGCCACAUUUAUGGUUGGUAAACAAUUAUCUUGUGAUCCAUUGGUACGUAAAACGGUGCGACAAAUGUUUUAUGAACGUGCUACCGUUACGGUUAAACCGACGAAAAAAGGACAAAAAGAAAUUGACGAAUCACAUGCAUGUUAUACAAUGAAAUAUCUACGAAAUAAACCAAUUUCAAGUUUCACUGGUGAACAAUUUAUUCAUCUAAAUGCAGCUAAAAAUAAUGAUCUUGUCAAUAUGAUCAUUUCGUUGAACAAUAACAAGGAUAAUUUGGCAAACAAUGAAAAACCAUUUGAACAAUAUUUCAAUGAGAUCAAAUAUCUCUAUCAAAAGGACGAAUUUCGUAAAACUGUUCAUGAUUGGAAUGAACAACGAAGUCAAGCAUUAUAUAUUGCUUUUGAUCGUUUUCUUUACCCUGAUUUGGUCAAAGAAUUUAUCGCUAAAAUUUUGACUGAAACACAACAUACAAUCAUACAGCAUUGUGCUAAUAAAUUGGCUUCAUAUUUAGCAAUUGGCCCAUAUGUACCGAAUUUUGUACAAGCUGAAAACAACCAUAACGAUUAUGAUGAUGAUUUUAGCAUACAUAACGGUAUACGAAUUAUUGGUUUUGCAUAUUCUCAUUGUGAAGAAGAAGCUAGCUAUUGUGCUUUGAUUGAUGGUAAUGGUCACUUAGUCGAUUUCAUUAAACUUAAAUGGACUUCUAAUGAAAAAGAUUAUGAUAAACUGCAAAAAUUUAUUGUUGAUAAAAAACCACAUGUAAUCGCUUUGGGUACGCAUACAGUUGUUAUCAAACAUAUUCGAAAUGAAAUUAUCGCUAUGAUUCGUAAUCUACAUGAAACGAAAAAAUUCCCAUUAAUAAAUGUAGAAUUGAUCGAUUCAGAAUUGUCAUCAAUUUUCAUGAAUUCUAAACAAGCUGAAACUGAUUUUCAUGAUCAUCCACUUAAAUUACGACAGGCCAUAUCAUUAGCCAGACAACUACAGAAUCCAUUAUUAGAAUUUGCUCAAUUAUGCACGGUGGAUGAAGAAAUUUUAUGUCUGAAAUUUCAUCCAUUACAGGAUAUUGUAUCGAAUAAAACAUUACUAAAUGCAUUGUAUGCAGAAUUUGUUAAUCGUGUAAAUGAUGUUGGUGUUGACAUUAAUCAAUGUCUAGUUCAUCCAUAUAAAUCAUCAAUAGUGCAGUUUAUUGCUGGUUUUGGUCCACAUAAAGCUUCUCAACUAUUUCGAACGUUGAAAAAACAACAACCACCAUUGCUGAUGAAUCGAGCUCAGCUAUAUGAAAAAUGUAAAAUCGAUGAAAAUAUCUUCAUUAAUUGUGCUGGUUUCAUCCGAAUCAAUAAGGAUUCAUUUUCCACUGAUUUUGACAACGAUACUUGUAUCGAAUUUUUAGACAGUACUCGUAUUCAUCCUGAAUCUUAUAGAUGGGCUUGGAAAAUGGCCAUCGAUGCUCUUCAUCAUGAAGAAUGCGAUGAUCAUGUAGUCAAAGAAUUUGAAGAAAUCAUCGAAAAUCCAAAAAAACUUUAUAAUAUUGAUUUGGAUAAAUUUAAUGAAAAACUUCACCAACAAGGCUAUAAUCAUGGAAAACAAACACUACAAGACAUACGAUCGGAAUUGAUUGAUCGAUAUAAAGAUCGACGAAUUCCGUAUCAGCCACCUAAUAAUGAAGAAAUGUUUCAAUUAUUGACCAAAGAAAAUCGCUCUACAUUAUACAUUGGACGAUUGAUACAGGUUCGUGUUAUCGAUAUAGUACGACAAAAACCAACAACCGAACAGUUGAAACAAGCAAAGCCGAUUCAUGUUAAAAAUGAACUUUGGAAAUGUUCAUUAUGUUUGAAAAAUUAUUGUAAUGAUUUUACUAAAGUAUGGGAUCAUAUUAAUGAAAAUCAAUGUCCAGGACAAGCGAUUGCUGUUCGUGUAUGUUUAGAAAAUGAUCUUACCGGUAUUAUAUGGCUAGAAUUUCUUUCCGAUAAUCAUGUAAUAGAUCCACUUACUAGAGUGAAAGCAGAUAAACUAAUACAUUGUCGAAUAUUGAAAUUGGAUAUGGAAAGAUUUUCGCUUGAACUAACCUGUCGUACAUCGGAUCUAAACAAUGUGGAUAAUCGUUUUAAAUUGGUCAAAGAUAAUCAUUAUGAUUUUGAUGAAGAAAAUUGUGAUUUUAAAAAAAAAGAAAUUAGAAAAAAAGAAUCUGAAAUUUAAAACAAAAUGAUGAUUUCUUAUCCAUCCAACUUUCUACAAAUAUUGAUUUCAGACAAAAAAAAAUCAUCGAUUAUUGAAUAUAAAGAGAGAUCCAGAAAGUUCACAGCGAUUCAAAUGGUCCUUAUAUUCGUGUUGCAACAUCAAACAAAAAAAAACGAAAAAAAUAACGCCCGCUGUCAAGGCCAUUACAUGAUCCAUCAACGAAAAAAAAAAAUUUAAAAUUAAAAAAAAAACGUUUGUUGUUUUUGAUU